ACGCCGUUGAGCUCAAAAAAAUGUUAGGCUGUGUUAAGUCUGGAAGCUACAGGGGAUUUGUCAGACGGAAAUAAUACCGUUUUAUCGACAGGAAACACAUGCACGAGCCACAUAUUAUCGUAGCGUGCUUUUUUAAAAUUUUAUAUCCGCUUGAAUCGAGCGUCUUGGGUUUAUCCUGACAGAAAGUUCGUCGGUUAUUUUGUGGGAGUGAUGUCGAAUCCUGGGACUCGAAGGAACGGGUCAAGCAUCAAAAUCCGACUGACAGUAUUAUGUGCCAAGAAUCUGGCAAAGAAAGACUUCUUCCGGUUGCCUGAUCCUUUCGCCAAAGUGGUGGUGGAUGGCUCGGGUCAAUGCCACUCUACAGACACGGUCAAAAGCACAUUGGACCCCAAGUGGAACCAGCAUUAUGACCUGUAUAUUGGGAAGAGUGAUUCCAUCACCAUUAGUGUCUGGAACCAUAAGAAGAUCCAUAAAAAGCAAGGUGCGGGUUUCUUGGGCUGUGUGCGGCUCCUGUCCAAUGCCAUUAGCAGACUCAAAGACACAGGCUACCAGCGUUUAGACUUAUGCAAGUUGAACUCAUCUGACAGUGAUGCUGUCCGUGGACAAAUCGUUGUGAGUCUGCAGACUAGAGACAGAAUUGGCAGUGGAGGUCCAGUGGUGGACUGUAGAGGACUGGUAGAGAAUGAAGGGCCCGUCUUUGAUGACUCGGGGCCCGGGCGGCCUCUCAGCUGCUUCAUGGAGGAGCCCAUGCCCUACACAGAUCCCACAGGGGCGGCUGGUGGUGGCAACUGCCGAGCACUCGAGUCACCCAGUCAGGAGCAGAGGCUUCAAGCACAAAGAAACAGAAAUCAGGAUUCCCGAGGGCAUCCACACACACCCCAAAAUCGACCACAUGGACACCAGUCCCCUGACCUCCCUGAGGGUUAUGAGCAAAGGACCACCGUACAGGGCCAAGUCUAUUUUCUGCACACACAGACUGGCGUGAGCACCUGGCAUGAUCCCAGAAUACCCCGGGAUCUGAACAGCGUGAGCUGUGAGGAGCUGGGCCCUCUACCACCUGGCUGGGAGAUCAGGAGCACUGUGUCAGGAAGAAUUUAUUUUGUCGACCACAAUAAUAGAACCACACAAUUCACCGACCCCAGGUUACACCACAUCAUGAGCCAACAGUCUCAGGUGAAGGAGUCGAGUCAGGCUCUGCCCGUGCAGAUGGAGGUUGGUAUGGAGGAAGGUGAUGGGGAGUUACCGAUACGUUAUGAGAGAGAUCUGGUCCAGAAGCUCAAGGUUCUCCGCCAUGAGCUCUCCUUGCAACAGCCUCAGGCUGGACACUGCCGUAUAGAAGUGUCCCGUGAGGAGAUCUUUGAGGAGUCUUAUAGACAGAUCAUGAAGAUGAGACCUAAAGACCUGAAGAAACGUCUGAUGGUGAAGUUCAGAGGAGAGGAGGGGCUGGACUAUGGUGGUGUUGCUAGAGAAUGGUUGUAUCUCCUUUGCCACGAGAUGCUGAAUCCAUACUAUGGCCUGUUUCAGUACUCGACAGAUAACAUCUACACACUACAGAUCAAUCCGGACUCAUCUAUCAACCCUGACCACUUGUCAUACUUCCACUUUGUUGGGCGGAUUAUGGGUCUGGCUGUUUUCCACGGGCAUUAUAUCAAUGGCGGCUUCACGCUGCCCUUCUACAAGCAGCUCCUGGGGAAGCCCAUCCAGCUUUGUGACCUUGAGACUGUGGACCCAGAGCUGCAUAAGAGCCUCGUCUGGAUCCUAGAGAAUGACAUCACAUCUGUUCUGGAUCAUACAUUCUGCGUAGAACAUAAUGCUUUUGGCAAAUUUCUUCAACAUGAGCUGAAACCAAAUGGCAAGAACAUCUCAGUCACAGAGGAGAACAAGAAGGAAUAUGUCAGGCUGUAUGUCAACUGGAGAUUCAUGCGAGGUAUUGAGGCCCAGUUCCUUGCCCUGCAGAAGGGCUUUAAUGAGCUCAUCCUACAGCAUCUGCUCAAGCCUUUUGACAACAAGGAACUUGAGCUGAUCAUCGGUGGUUUGGGGAAAAUCGAUCUGAAUGACUGGAAGGCCAAUACACGACUGAAGCACUGUGUGGCUGACAGUAACAUAGUGAAGUGGUUCUGGCAGGCCGUUGAAUCAUUUGAGGAGGAGAGGAGAGGCAGAUUGCUACAGUUCGUCACAGGCUCCACACGUGUCCCACUACAAGGCUUCAAAGCACUGCAAGGUUCUACAGGUUCUGCAGGACCAAGACUCUUCACUAUUCAUUUAAUUGAUGCCAACACAGAGAACCUGCCCAAAGCCCACACAUGCUUUAACCGGAUUGACAUCCCGCCUUACGAGUCAUAUGAGAAGCUCUAUGAGAAGCUCCUGACGGCAGUGGAAGAGACUUGUGGCUUUGCAGUGGAGUGAGCGAGUGCCCUGUCUAGCCAGCCAGCAAUGGCAGCAAACUCACCAAACAACAGCCCGGUCCAACCCUCUCUCUCCCUCCUUUCUCCAGGACAGAUAGACUGGUGUCUCCUGACAGACUUUAGCAUCACCUGCCAGUCUGAAUCCCUGGACUGCAACAGAGGGGAGCAACCACCCAAGGGCUGGAACUCUUGAAAGACUAUUCCCUCAUGGUGUGAUUCGGGAAUUGUUUUUGCAUUACCAUAAAGUUCCAGAGAACUCUGAUCAACAUUUCUCCUCGUUUGUUUUUUGGUUUCUUAAAACAGUCCAGUUUGUAUUGUCUUUGUCACUGAAACGGUGGGGUUGAUAGUUAAGAGUCUGUCUAGUUAAGUUUGUGCUGCUUAGCUGCAGUAAGCAGAGCCUCACUGAGCUUCUACUUGAAGUAGAGCUCAUGAUUUAGUCUAGGAGGAAUAAUUUAAAGGGAUAGUUCACCCAAAAAAUGAAAACUGUUAUCACUUACCCAACCCAAUUCUAUUCCAUCUACUUUUGUGUUCCACAGAAGUCGUAUGGGUUUCGAACGACACAAGGAUGAGUAAAUUAUGACAAAAUCUUCCUUUUUGGGCCACUCCCACUUCUCCUUUAACAUACACAUCCUGUGAUAAAACCAGUUUACCUAAAGCAAAUGUGUCUUGAAGGAACAGGUAGACAGGGGGUCUUCAUUGUUAUGCUCAGUAUGUACUCAAAUUCUCCACUUAUUUUCAUAAUUUUCUUGAUCUCCCUGCAUCCUUUUCAUUACUAUAGGGUGGCAUUUCAGUGGUAUCCAUUUUAUUUGUACUCUUCACCAUUCUCAUUGUAGAAGUUUUUACUCGAUUUCUUGAAAUGUACUAAUGAAAUGUAUUUUUUUACUAUCAAGAACAUGAAAGCUUAAUGGUAAGACCUCUUUUGGGAGCUGUCAGUGUAACAGUGCCCGUGAGUUAAAGUUUCUCACCUGAAGCACAAAAAUGCUGUGCUGUGGAGAGAAGGACCGAAAGUCCUGGGAAGUUCUCGUGUCAUCAUUAUCCCAAUUAAGCCAGUAUUUUCAUCAAUGAAAUCUUUUCACACUUUAUUUUUUUUUUACUUUGUUUUAUCCAGUGAGCGUACCUCCGUUAUCAACAAAAAACCUACUUUUUAAAAGUAAUGUAAAAUGAAUCUGUUUUUAUAUGCAGAUUUUAAAGCAACUAAACUUUUGUGUCAUUCUCUUGAACAACUUUCUGUUCCAUUGUGAUCUAACAGACCUAAACUAGACUCAUAACCUUAGUUGUGGAAGAAAUGCAAAGAAAACUGUUUUAAAGAUUGUAAAUGUUUUUAAAAAGCUCUCUAUGUCCUUAAUUUUCCCCCAAAUUAAUAUUGCCGUUAUUUGAUGGUGACAUAGCAUUAACUGUUUUAACUUGUCUUGACAUGAGUGCUUAUGAAAUUCACCUCCAGACUGUUAUUCACACAUCUUUGUAAUUGAAACUGUUGAAACCAAUGCUUAAAGUACCAUAAUCUAGCACUUUCACUGGCACAUGUACAAUCACCCCUCAUUUCUAUUCUACAGACAGACAUGUAGUGUUCGCUUCUCCAUAGAGAUGUGUUGAUGCCUCUCGGCUCUGCUUAGCUGCAGUGGAACAUCUUGUCCUUUGUGACUGGGUUCAGACUCUGAAGUACGGGAGGUGUUUAUUCCAGGUUAGGUUCAGGUUAUGUUGUAGUGAAAGAACGGGGAGGCAUUUCAAAUUACUUUAUGUAGUGCUUUGUGUGCAUGGCAUCAGAUUAUUCUUUGUAAAUGUAAAGAAUGAGCCAACCUCAGUGUGUCUUCAACCACUUUUUUUUUUUUAACCAAUUAUUUAUUACCAUGUAAUGUCAUUUUAAGUAUUGCUGCUAUUUCCAUUAUUCCCCAGUUUUCCGAGAAGGCAGAGUUCUUGUGAAAGCUGUUCACUAAUCUCUUUUAUUCUAUGUAUGAAUCAAAGUAUUUAAACUUGCUGCUAAUUCUUAAAGAGGUUAUGGGUUUGGGAAACCUGACCUUUGACCUGGAUGGAGUUAGCAAAUGAUGUAGGCUGGGCCCUGGUGGUCAUGUUCAUAUUUGUGAUAUAUGCAAUAAAUCCAUCACAUUUAUAUUCUUGGUUCUGUCUUAAAACGUCUCUUUUUCACACUUGUAUCAGAUUGGUCAGAAAUGUUUGUCUUUUUGACUUCGUUUUCCAAAAAGACCCUGAAUGCCUAGAGUGGCGAACCAUUUUUAAACGUGUAUAAACACAAAAGAGGUGACUUUAAAUGUUGUGUUAUUGUGGGAAUGGCUAGUGAGCUUGAAGAUGAGUAUGAACUUUGCCUGAAGUUACAGUUGUUUUCAUAUUUCUCUAAGAAAAAUAUUUUCCAAGUAAUGUGACCAGUAUCAUCACAUUGUACAAUUAUUAGGUCCUGAGUGUCAUUGUUUAUUCGAUGCAAGAGUAAUGUAACUUACUAUGUACUAAACAUUUCUGAAAAAUUCAGUGUAAAUAAGAUUAUAUUAAA